GUUGCAUCGGCCUGCGUUAAUUCUCCCACAUUAGAUUAACAAUGGCGAUGCGUCGGCCUAUGUUAUUGCUAGUGCUUGUGCUCAUAGCCUUCUCUCACUUUUCGAUGCUCACAACCUCGAAAAACAAUAAUAAGGUCCCAAAACCCAAAAAGACAAAGCCCAAAUUUCUAAAACCAAACAAUCCUAAUCCCGCCUUUGAGCGUUUUACUGUAGAGAUCCAUAACGACUUGCGUAUGUUCAUAUUGGAUGCCCACUGCUCCUCGAAAGAUGAUGAUUUAGGGUUACAUAUAUUGUUCCCAGAUGAGGAACAAGAUUGGUCAUUUCAUGAUAAUUGGUUAGGCACUACCGAAUUUCAUUGUAGAUUGGAGUGGCAAUAUGGGCUUUUAGAAUUUGAUGCCUUUCAUAGCAACACUGAUAAUCUUUUGAUCGAUUAUUGCGCCAACGCAACCUGCAUUUGGAGUGCGAGACAAGAUGGGGUUUAUUUGAACAAUCAAGAUGACGAUCUUGUUUUUUAUGAGUAUUGGGAUAUGCUUGGAUAGGGGCUAUACACUAAAAGCAUGAAAUCAAUCAUUUUUAUUUUUAUUUUUAUUUUUUCAUUCCCAU